AUGGUCCUACCAGCAACUCUAUCAGCCCUGCUCGCUCAGCCAAUCCCUCCCCCUGCGGUCGCGCCUCCGGCCCCGCUGUCGGCGAUGCUUGUCCAAACCCGUCUCGCUCCCCAGAUGGCUCCACGGCUUCCCCCCUGGCCAGCCGUGGGCCCAUCCCGCACCCCGCGGCCGCCACCCGCGUAUUCCUCCCAGCCCGUGGGCCCUUGGCCCCUGGAGGUCGGGUCUUCUCUGCCCCGCGCAUUACGUCCACGGGCCAAGUUAUCCCUCCACGCCUCGUCUCCAACCCGUCCCCGACGGCGGCCGCCUCUGUCCCUGUGCAAGCCGCGGAGACGGCCACGGCGUCGGGACCCUCUCCGAAUCAGUCGGAUUCUACCACCCCUGCGAACGGGGCACGUCACGGUUGCCGCCCAAAGCAACAUCGAAUCCACAACUGGACCGCCAGUGGCCUCUGGCUCGGGCUCCCCACCAAGCCCAAGGGAGGAACUCCCCUCUCCAUCGCAGCCUGUUGACCCUGAGGAAUCUCCCGCACAACCCAUGGGCCCCUCCCCGGAAAUCUGA